AUGGCUUCCUCUUAUGCCUCAACAGCCAUUUUCUUGACCUUGGCUCUCCUAAUUGUGCACAUGGAAGCCAAGGCCAUCGAUGAAAUGUCACCAAGUUUUUAUGCCACUUCUUGUCCAAAACUCUUCCCCACUGUGAAACCCAUAGUUGAAUCCACCAUUAAAAAGGAGGCUCGAAUGGGAGCCUCUCUCCUCCGCCUCUUCUACCAUGACUGUUUUGUUAACGGAUGUGAUGCGUCGUUGCUGCUGGAUGAUGCACCAAACUUCAUUGGAGAGAAAAAUAUACCUCCCAAUAAGAAUUCUACGAGGGGGUAUGAAGUGAUUGAUGAAAUCAAGUCUGCGGUGGAGAAAAUGUGCCCUGGCAUCGUCUCAUGUGCUGAUAUUAUUGCCAUUGUUGCCAGAGACUCUGUUUCCAUUCUUGGAGGACCAAGUUGGGGUGUUCAAUUGGGAAGGAGAGACGCUAGGGCUACAAACGCGAUCGUUACUAAUAUCAGCUUACCCCUUCCGAAAGCCAAUUUAAAGGAGCUCGUCCUUAGAUUCCGUGGUAUUGCGCUUAAAAGGAGAGACUUGGUUGCUUUAGUAGGAGCUCAUACACUUGGAGAAGCACAAUGUCACUCCUUCAGAGAGCGCAUAUACAAUGAGAGCAACAUGAACAAAGAGCUUGCCCAGAAAAGGAGAUUAAAAUGCCCAAGAUCCAAAGGCUCAGGUGACGCCAACUUGGCUCCAAUUGAUGCUCAAACCCCAUUAGUGUUUGACAACAGCUACUACAAAAACCUUGUCCAGAAUAAAGGGCUCCUCCACUCUGAUCAGCAGCUCUUCAGUGGAGGCAAAACUGAUCCCAUAGUGCGCACCUACAGUGAAGACCAAGAAGCCUUCUUUAACGACUUUGCGUCUGCCAUGAUCAAGAUGGGAAGCGUCAACCCCCUCAUUGGUCCAGCUGGCGAGAUCAGGUUGAAUUGCAGGAGGAUUAAUCCAAUAAUUUAA